GACAAAAGAGAAAGUGUAUAGGAGAGAGGAAGAAAAUACUAAAAUAAAGAAUCAAAAAAUAUUAUAAAAAAUAAAAUAUUAAUAAAAAAAUGGCAUCAAAAGAGUUUGAGGAGGAGAUAAAGAGAGGCAGUGGGCAGUGGAAAUGGUCUGAAAUGCAAAGGGGUCUUGAAGUUGUCUCUGAAUACCCAAAUCACCCCUUGGGAUCACUCACUGAAACUGAAACCAAUAUGGAAACUGAAGGAGAAAAUAGUAAAAAUGCAGAGAAAGAUAAGGAGGAGAUAUCAGUUGGGUUUAAGGAGUUGUUCAGAUUUGCUGACAGUUUGGAUUAUGUGUUGAUGGGAAUUGGCUCAGUUGGAGCCUUUGUUCAUGGCUGUUCUUUGCCUAUCUUUCUUAGAUUCUUUGCUGAUCUUGUUAACUCUUUUGGGUCCAAUGCUAAUAACAUUGAUAAAAUGAGUCAUGAAGUGUUAAGGUAUGCAUUUUACUUUCUGAUAGUAGGAGCUGCAAUAUGGGCAUCUUCAUGGGCAGAAAUAUCAUGUUGGAUGUGGACUGGAGAAAGACAAUCAACAAAAAUGCGAAUCAAAUAUCUAGAAUCAGCAUUAAGCCAAGACAUUCAGUUCUUUGACACUGAAGUCAGAACUUCAGAUGUUGUAUUUGCUAUUAACACUGAUGCAGUUAUAGUUCAAGAUGCCAUAAGUGAAAAGUUGGGAAAUUUUAUACAUUAUUUGGCAACAUUUGUGUCUGGAUUUGUGGUGGGAUUCACUGCAGUUUGGCAAUUAGCACUUGUGACACUUGCUGUUGUGCCUUUGAUUGCUAUAAUUGGAGCUAUUCAUAUGACCACAUUGGCUAAAUUGUCUUCUAAAAGCCAAGAAGCUCUUUCAGAUGCUGGUAACAUUGUUGAGCAGACAAUUGCACAAAUUCGAACGGUUUUGGCGUACGUUGGCGAGUCAAGAGCAUUACAAGCCUACUCUGCAGCACUAAAAAUCUCACAAAAGCUUGGAUACAGAAGUGGAUUUGCAAAAGGAUUAGGAUUAGGAGCAACUUAUUUCACAGUCUUUUGUUGUUAUGCACUUCUUUUAUGGUAUGGAGGCUAUCUUGUUCGACAUGGUUACACCAAUGGCGGACUCGCAAUUUCCACAAUGUUCUCCGUCAUGAUUGGUGGACUUGCGUUAGGCCAAUCUGCUCCAAGUAUGUCUGCAUUCGCAAAAGCACGAGUAGCGGCAGCUAAAAUCUUUAAAAUAAUCGAUCAUAAACCAAACGUCGAUAGAAACUGUGACGCGGGUUUGGAGUUGGAUACGGUUUCGGGUCAGUUAGAGUUGAAAAAUGUCGACUUUUCGUACCCUUCACGACCGGAUGUUAAAAUUCUAAACAACUUCACUCUAAGUGUUCCUGCUGGGAAAACCAUCGCUUUGAUCGGAAGCAGUGGUUCUGGGAAAUCCACUGUUGUUUCGCUUAUCGAAAGGUUCUACGAUCCUACAUCAGGACAAGUGAUGCUUGAUGGGCAUGACAUUAAAGGACUGAAUUUGAAAUGGUUAAGGCAACAAAUAGGUUUGGUUAGCCAAGAGCCAGCCCUGUUUGCAACCACCAUCAAAGAAAACAUACUUUUGGGUCGGCCCGAUGCAUCUUUUCUCGAGAUUGAGGAAGCGGCACGUGUCUCCAAUGCUCACUCGUUCAUCAUAAAGUUACCCGAUUCGUACGAUACUCAGGUUGGGGAGAGAGGUUUACAACUAUCAGGCGGUCAAAAACAGCGAAUCGCAAUAGCACGAGCAAUGUUAAAGAACCCGUCAAUCUUGCUAUUAGACGAGGCUACAAGCGCUUUGGAUUCAGAAUCCGAAAAGUUAGUACAAGAGGCUUUAGACAGGUUUAUGAUCGGAAGAACAACGCUGGUGAUCGCCCACCGUCUCUCCACCAUACGCAAGGCGGAUCUCGUGGCGGUUUUGCAACAAGGUGGUGUUUUGGAAAUUGGAACUCAUGAUGAACUUAUUGCCAAGGGUCAAAAUGGUGUUUAUGCUAAGCUUUUAAAGAUGCAAGAAGUUGCUCAUGAAACUGCUUUGAAUAAUGCCAGAAAAAGUAGUGCAAGGCCUUCGAGUGCAAGACCGUCGAUUAGUUCCCCGAUAAUGACCCGAAACUCAUCUUAUGGGCGAUCACCAUACUCGCGAAGACUAUCCGAUUUCUCAAACUCAGAGUUCAGCCUCUCACUCGACGGAGGAUACCCGAACCACCGGCUCGAAAAGCUUCCAUUUAAACAACAUGCAAAUUCAUUCUGGAGGCUGGCCAAAAUGAACUCACCCGAAUGGACCUAUGCUCUGGUGGGCUCAGUGGGUUCGGUCAUAUGCGGUUCACUAAGCGCAUUCUUCGCAUACGUUCUAAGUGCGGUUCUUAGCGUGUACUACAAUCAAGAUCAUGAAUACAUGGUUAAAGAGAUCGGAAAAUAUUGUUAUCUGUUGAUCGGGGUGUCGUCGGCCGCGCUUAUUUUCAACACAUUGCAGCAUUUUUUCUGGGAUGUUGUUGGCGAAAACUUGACGAAACGGGUCCGAGAGAAGAUGUUGGGUGCGGUUUUGAAGAACGAAAUGGCGUGGUUCGAUCAAGAGGAGAAUGAGAGCUCGCGGGUGGCCGCGAGGUUGAGUUUGGACGCGAAUAAUGUCCGGUCCGCGAUUGGUGACCGCAUUUCGGUUAUUAUGCAGAACUCCGCGCUCAUGUUGGUUGCGUGCACUGCGGGUUUUGUUCUUCAGUGGCGCCUCGCUCUUGUUCUUAUCGCGGUUUUUCCCGUGGUGGUUGCCGCAACUGUGUUACAGAAAAUGUUUAUGGAAGGAUUUUCGGGUGACUUGGAAGGUGCGCACGCGAAAGCGACACAGCUGGCGGGAGAGGCGGUGGCGAAUAUGAGAACAGUGGCGGCGUUCAACUCGGAGUCGAAAAUAGUCAACCUGUAUACGACGAGUCUUGACGGGCCGCUACGCAGAUGCUUCUGGAAGGGGCAGAUAGCGGGAAGUGGGUUCGGGAUAGCUCAGUUUCUUCUCUAUGGUUCGUACGCGGUCGGUCUUUGGUAUGCAUCGUGGCUCGUAAAGCAUGGGAUAUCCGACUUCUCGAAAACCAUUCGUGUGUUUAUGGUUCUCAUGGUUUCGGCCAAUGGUGCGGCCGAAACGCUAACCCUAGCUCCUGACUUUAUUAAAGGCGGUCGAGCCAUGAGGUCAGUGUUUGACCUUCUUGACCGGAAAACGGAGAUUGAGUCGGAUGAUCCUGACUCAACUCCGGUUCCUGACCGCCUUCGAGGAGAAGUUGAACUCAAACAUGUUGAUUUCGCUUACCCUUCUCGCCCUGACACCCUAGUGUUUAGUGGUCUUUGUUUACGGGCUCGAGCCGGAAAGACUCUUGCCCUAGUAGGGGCAAGCGGGUGUGGGAAGAGCUCGGUUAUCGCACUCAUACAAAGAUUCUACGAGCCGACAUCCGGACGUGUGACAAUCGACGGAAAAGAUAUCCGUAAAUAUAAUCUAAAAUCACUACGCUGUCACAUCGCCACGGUCCCGCAAGAACCGUGCCUUUUCGCGACCACAAUUUACGAAAACAUAGCGUAUGGGCACGAGUCAGCAACCGAAGCCGAGAUUAUCGAAGCCGCCACACUUGCAAACGCUCACAAGUUCAUAUCUUCAUUACCCGACGGAUACAAUACAUUUGUGGGCGAACGUGGGGUGCAACUGUCGGGUGGGCAAAAGCAACGUGUCGCUAUCGCACGUGCCUUUUUAAGGAAAGCGGAGAUUAUGCUACUAGACGAGGCCACAAGUGCACUAGACGUAGAGUCGGAAAAGUGCAUUCAAGAAGCGCUUGAGCGUGUUUGCUCGGGGAAAACUACAGUCGUGGUAGCGCAUAGGUUAUCAACGAUACAAAGUGCUCAUAGCAUUGCGGUUAUUGAUGACGGUAAAGUGGUGGAACAAGGGUCGCACUCGCAUUUGUUGAAAAACUAUGUUGAUGGAUGUUACGCGAAGAUGAUUCAGUUACAACGAUUCUCACACGGGCAUGAAGUUGUAAACAUGGCAUCCGUUGGUUCGAAUUCGUCAAGUAUGUGAUGAAUUCGAAUAUUUUGUGUUUUAAUUUAUUUUUUUUUAACCUUUUCGAGUGUAACUUCAAUGUAUGUUGUAAGUUUUAGUUGUCUAGUAUAUGAAAAAAAAGUUUAUAAACAAAAUGACUUUUAUUGUGAACACAACGUUAA